AUGGAGGAUUUUUUUGCAUGCGUCAGAUUUACUGAUGAUUUGAAAACCAACCACUUUGUAUCAGUGAAAGAGAUUAAAUAUCACAUUUAUGAUAUUAAUCAUAUAAUGCCUGAUACGGUUGAUGAUUUUGAUUCUCAGCACGAGUAUGAAGUGCUGUGGUGUCUCUGUACUACAAAUGAUUGUUCAGAUGAAGAAAAUGAAAAAUGUAAUGACUAUAAAGCAUACAUUGUAUUUAUUGCAGAAAUAGAAACAGAUAAUGUUCUUUAUUUAGAUGAUCAAUCUCAGGAUAACACUGAACAAAGUGAUAUGGAUAAUAAUCCUUUAAGAUCAGUCACUCCGAAAAAUGAUGAACCAAGAAUUCCUGAGGAGAGUGAUGAUAUGUUGUCAGAAAUCAAUGAUUAUGAUCGCCAAAGACGACGUGAAACAGGUGCUAGAAGAGUGCAAGUCACGCGUAAGCCACCAAGAGAAGUGAGACCACGAGAGGUUAUACUUGUUGAAAUGAGUGAAGAUGAAAGAAGAAUAAAUCUGUAUAUUACGCCUGAAGCUUUAAAAGUUGAUGCUCGAGACAAGCAAAAAUAUCAAGUAUUUAACAACAAUAUGAUCUAUUUAGGCGAAGGAAAAGCUGUUGACAAAGACUUCUGGGAGUUUUUAAAAAUAAGAGGAGAUUCUAUUUUCUUGAGAGAAACAGCGGAGCCAAUUUGUGGAAAACACGACUUGGUUAAUAGAUGCAUAAAAGAACAGAAAACAUCAGUUACUAUUCAAGAUCGUAGUCCACGAAAAGCAAUACCACCAAACCAAUAUUUUCGAAUAAGAGAAUUGUUUCAAGAUUACAUGAAAGAAAGGGAGUACGAUAAGAAAAAAAGAGAUAGAUUGUUAUCAACUUUUAAUCGACAAAUAGGUUACAAAAUCCAAGAUUUAAGAAAAAAAUUAAGUUAUAUUGUCGUCACUUACUAUUUCGUAAAUAAAAAAUGUUAUUUGGUUUUAAUCGACAAAUAG